AUGAUGAACAAUAAUCACCAACAAAUGUCGCUGCAACAGCGAUAUCAACAAUUUGAACAACAGCAAUUAUUGAAUUCAUCUUCCGAAGCUGAUGUUAUCGGAGAUAUUGAGAAUUACUUAACAUGUGAUUUGAAACUUUCCGAUGUGACAAUAUCAGACUUUUUGAAUGAUGCCGAUUUUGUUGUUGAUACAGAUGAUUUAAAAUGUUUCGAUGCGAAUGAAACAGCGUCUACUCUGUUUGAUACAAAUCUCAACUAUAAUCAAGAUCGACAGCAGCGAAGAGAGAACAUUUCGUCUCUACAACAACCAGAAGAAUAUCUCGUUCAAACAGUGUACACACAACAAAAUAAUAAUUUCUUUAGUAAUAGCACACCGAUCAGAACAUCUCCCGUCAUUCUGUCGACUACAACGGAUGAUGAUAACAAUAAAUUUCAAAUAAUUCCUCAGACUUUAGACGAGUUAAAUGUACAACAGCAAAAUGGUGAUCAAUAUUUGUCAUCUUUAAGGUUUUAUAUUGAGCAACAACAGCAGCAGCAAAAUUUUAUUGCUGCCAAUAGUGUGAAUAUUAAUAAUAUUUCAUCACAAGGUCUGAUGACGAAUUUUAAUCAAUUGAAUAGAAAUCAGCAUAUAUCACCCUUACAAUAUCAGAUUGUGCAGACGUCUCCUCAACAUGAGCAUCGAAAUAAUAAUAAUAAUAAUAAUAAUAAUCAGUCACCGUUGAAUGAUGUUCAAAAGUCUGAUUCAUUUACCACAUCAAAUUCUCAAUUAGAUAAUCAUCCCGUAAAAUUGUCAUCGACCGAACAGAACGAAAAUAUGGGAAGAAAUUUACUGCAGACUAAAAAGUCAUCUAAACGAUCAGCAGCGAACACAAAUAAUAGACAACAACAAACUACAAAUGAUCGUCAGUCAGUUCCACCAGUAACAGCAACAACCACUCAUUAUCAAAAAUUGAUAAAAAAACCAGAACCAAUACCUGUUACAUUUGAUCAAUUUCAAGCACUAUUACGUGUUACACCACAAAUGUCAAAUUCAAAUGAAAAAUCAUUUUCAAAUCUUUUAGAAAACAGUACAAUUAUUGCAAAUAAUAUACCAUUAAAAAUAAUCAAUGAUAAUAAUGGAGAUGAAAAUAAUGGAACAAUUUUGAAUUCUAUGGGUCAGGGUGGUGGACGAGUAAGACGAAAAUCAUCGCAUAAUGCUAUUGAAAAACGUUAUCGUUCAAGUAUAAAUGAAAAAAUUAUUGAAUUAAAAGAAAUUGUAGCUGCUAACGAUGAAAAGGUAAGUUCAUAAUUUAUAUUGAUCAAAGAUAGUUGCAUUAUUUUGUUCAUUUGAAACUAAUCAAAUAUGAGAAGUGACAUUUGGUUUGCUGAACUUAUUAAACGUUAUAAUUGACAUCACUAUAACUUCUCUUUUAAUUAAUCAACUAACAAUUUAAACAUUAAAAUUACUUCUCGAUAUUUGUAGGAAAAGUGAAUGUUGAAUUGCUCAUUCGUGUGAUGUAUAUACAUAGCAACCGUAAUCGUUCAUAACAGAUUUAAAAAUUUCGAUUUUUGACUUCUAAUAUAGAAAAUAUCCGCAAAUUCCAACAAAUGAGAAAUUUUUUUUACCGUUUUUGUUUAAUUACACUAUCAGUACAGGGUGACGCAGUUCAUUUUCUUUCCAAACCGAAAUUGAAAAAUAGCAAAUAGGCUAUAAAGUUUUCACGAUUUUUUAAAUUCGGACUUUUAUUUCCUAACAUUCUUCCUUUUUUGUGCACACAUAAUGUACAAUUAAAUAUUCUUCAUUAUUCCACCAAUAUUCUUCUUUCACAUAGACGUACUAUCCAUUCAAAAAAAGAAUGGACUCGAUUGUUUUUUGAAUAACUCGGCAACGUUGAUAGUUGUCGAGUUGGGUUUUUCACUGUGAGAAAGAGGAGACUUGAGAAUAUCUAACCAUGUAAGAAAAGAAAGCCUUGAAAAGUUUUCGGAGGGUUCUUCAGGGGUAUCUAGAAGACCACUCUAUGGCGGAAGGCAUUUUCCAAGUUUGAUUAAGCCAUUCUGUAGUCCAAUAUGUUCUCUAGAACUCCUGAAAUUUUCCAGUUUUUCCGACGUUCCCUCUAUGCACAAGGGAAUAUUUCCAGUGAUUGUUUCCGGCCCAAUUUUCACAUGAUGAUUGCCAACCACGUUAAUCGUCGUGGUGAUAUUAGUUUUCAUUCCCGAUCAAAGCCUUGGUUCUAAAGUACGUUUUUAGAAGAGCUCAGUUUUUACCCGUUGGGCCUGAAAACCAUAUUUUCUGCUUGUGUUGCAAUGAAAACUAACAUCACCAUGACGAUCAACGUGGUUGACAAUCAUCCCUCAUGUGAAAAUCGAGCCAGAAACUUCAAAGAGUUGGUGUAGC